AACUUGACUGUUGACGGCAGAACGCCAUCACUCGACCCAGAAAAUCGUCAUUCCCUUGCCCUCGUCUUUGCUUUCCCGCGAAUAUUAUAACCUAGCUGCAUCUCAUUGCUACCACACCUACCAACAAACUACCUAGGUGUCCAGCAAUUUCUCUUCCCGCUUGUCACCUGCCGCCUGGUUUCGCAUCGCAGCACAUAUUUUUUCUUGGACAUCAUAUUGCUACUUGGACAUUUUCCUCCUUUGGGAGUUCGAAACCCCGAGGUUCUUGGGUUUUCAGUUUUCUGGUGGUGAUCGAGCCAAUGAAUUCGCAACAGCAGCGAACGCAAGUGGAAAUCAACUGCCGCCAAUUUGCCAGCGCUUCUGUCGCCUCCUGCUUCUGGUUGACUGCUUCAUCUUGCCUGUAAGACGUGUUCGUUCUUGCGAUCUGAGUGGCGGACCGCUACACGUUGCAUACCUAACACACACCCACUGAAUGGCACCCCGGACCAGACUCCAGUCGUCGUCUUGCAAUCCACUUCAGCUGCACUGGACCCUGGGGUUCCUCCACUCAGACAUCUCUCCCGCCAUCAAGGUUGUUGGAUGGUAAUAGUGACGGUCAGGUCGCACUACAGUCACCCCGUCGCGAUACGUAUUGGUUGGGCCCGAGAACAUCUAUCUUGUCGCUUGCUUGGUUCAAGCCUGGGAUCUAACUACACCUACAAGCUCCCACAUCGACAUCCAGUCGCUUCGGCUUUGCAACUUUCGCAGAGAUCACAUCUCCCGCUCAGAUCUUUGGUCUGACUCCUUCCUUGUCGUCCCCACCUGCCGCUGUCAUCGACAUUCCAUCCCACUGCAUCGUCGCAAAAGCCCUUACUCCACCCGCAACACCGAGACGCAGGACAGCCAGACACGCCUGCCGACGCAUCGCAUCCGUCCUGCCAUCAGCACAGCAGUCUACGUCGCAGUAGAUCUUGGACGCCAGAUCAGAGUGAUAUCGAACCGAUUCACAAAAGCCCAACAUGCCUAGGGUUGUGCCUUUCAACGACGCAAUCGAUCCCCCAUCUCCACGCCUUUACCCAUUUUCAUCAUGUCCCGAUACCGAUGACUCCCAAAUGCAUUCGCAGUCACAACAUCAGUAUUUCUCACCACCCAUGAUACCCAUGAUAACAGCACCAAGCACGGCCGAUGUUAUCGAAAGAACGGGACCGGCCGUAUUGUCCCCGGAGAGUCAAUCGGAGGUGAAUCGUGAUGUGGAUAUGGAUCAUGGAUCCGAACGCAUGCGGGACGACCGCCGGGACGCAGAUGAGGCCCACAAGCAGCGGACCGAGAUUGACGACGAACCUUCCGUGGCCGUUAGUGACCCCGCACAUUCUGUCCAUGUCGAACAACGUAACCGCACUACUACGGCGAACAGAGUGCCGACUCGCACGUCGAACAUAAGGCCAUUAAGGGUGAGCGGUGGACAUAGGAAUCGGAAACAAGGUGACGAGCUUCUUGCGCCGAACACUACAAGUCUUGGUCAAGUAGAAGAAGUCGACUUGACUGGCAAUGACACACCCUGGAUGCACGACUAUGGACUCGCAGGGCUCAGCUACGAGUACUGCCAGACAAGAUUGACACCGUCCACGCCAUCAUCCUAUCUUCGCCCAGGCAGUAAAUUUUCGGGGAUGCAAAAGUCGGAGAGAUCACGUUAUGACGUGGAGGUGGAAAUCAAGCAGGUUGAUCUCCGCGAGUCCUUCUUGUGCGGCUAUCUGCGGAUUCAGGGUCUUACUGAUACCCACCCGACAUUGACGACGUAUUUUGAAGGCGAAAUCAUUGGCCCACAUUAUAGCUUCCUCACUCAACACCCACAAUGGGGAGCAAAUGACAGGAUCGAUAUCUCGCAUUGGAGCAAGUUUCUCGCGUUCAAACCUUACGCCAAGGUCGCCAAAAGGGGCGGCGUUCACAUCAGGGAUGUGGCACAGAAAGAUAACAUCUUCAUGCGAUGGAAGGAGCAGUUUCUGGUCCCGAACCACCGUGUUAAAACCAUCAAUGGGGCUAGUUUCGAGGGCUUCUACUACAUCUGCUUCAACCAGAUCCACGGGACAAUUCAAGGAAUCUACUUCCACAGCAAGAGCGAAAAGUUCCAACAAUUAGAGCUGCAUCAUGUCCAAGAUAAAGGGUGCUUUGGCGCUAUGGAGUUCAGAUGAGACGACGCAGGGACGUCACAUUGGAAGGGCGGCAAUAGUCCGCGGCCUUCACAGGGCUGAGAUUCGACCCAAGCCCUCGGGAAUAUGGUCACAAGGACAUGAUCCCAAGACAUAAUCAAGCCCAAACAAAAUGUGGUUUUGGGCGGGUAGGGUCGAAGGAAUCCUCAAAAGAAACGACCCAACAGUGAAUGAGGGUCACUCACGAGCGACUCAGGUGGACGCUUGUCUUUUUUUGGGUUCUCAUCUGCAUCAGUUGGCUUUUUUGUCUUCAUACCGUCGCACGAUGUCAUUUGCUUCUUAUGUUGCUGUUAUUGCUUAUCUGGUUUGGGAUCGGGGUCUGAUACCAGUUGUUACUAAUUUGACAUAUUGUGGGUUUCUUUCAGGGGCGUGAGCGCAGUCUAUUUUGACGGACAACAGAGACGCUCGAGGGAGGACAUUUACAUACCACACACGCACACAUUGUUACGAGGAGUCAACGAAGGGUCAAGGAAGUAACAAGGCCUGGGGUUUUAGUCCCAUAAGCCAUGAUGAGGUUCUUCAUCAUUCAUCAGGUGGAGGCAUGGCGUAUAAAGCGUAGAGUCAGCAUGAACGGGAACCGAAGGUGGACAAAUGCCAGUCAAAGCAGGAUCCGCCAUAUCUCAGGUCGUCCGGUGCAGAGACUUCUUUCUUGUACAUGUCUAAAUCUUCAUGGGGGUAUCUGAAUGGAACACAACUGGAAGAGCGUACAC